GGGAGAUUUCAUGGAUACAUUCUCCUCCCCCUUCAUCUUCUUCGAUGGCGGCAAGGUGGCGCAGAGUCCAUCUUCUGCUAAAAGCAGAGACUCCGAGGCGGCAAAAAAACAAUGCUCCCGCCACAGGGAGCUUAGAAAGCGGAUGGGUUCCAGGAUUGCGAGCUCUGCACUUGCUCGUUCAUCAUCCUUAUCUCACAUUGUUGAUAAAUUGGAGAAUGAAGCGAAUCGUUUAUCCCCAAAAGGGGAGAAAUCAAAUGGUGCCCGCAGUUUUACCUUGGAACAACUUGCAGCAGCUACAAAGAACUUUAGGGAGACCAAUCUGAUUGGAGAAGGUGGCUUUGGGAGGGUUUUUAAGGGGGUUCUUGAGAAUAACGAGGUUGUGGCAAUCAAGCAGCUUAAUCGAGAUGGGCUUCAGGGGAGCAAUGAAUUUCUUGUGGAGGUUCUGAUGUUAACAAUGCUGCAUCAUCCCAAUCUUGUCAGCUUAAUCGGCUACUGUGCAGAGGGAUGUGAGAGGCUCUUGGUUUAUGAGUACAUGUCUCAUGGAAGCUUGGAUGAUCACUUGUUCU